CCGGGUAUUGUUGCUAGCUGGUCUCAUAGCCUAGAUUGGCGUCACAUCGUGCAGUAAACACAAACAUCGCACACUAGUAUAUAUAUACAGAGAGAGAGGGAGAGAGAGAGAGAGAGUUACAUCCACAGACAUAUGCUAGCAAAUUGCUGGUGCUAGAGAAUAAGUCCAGACGAACUUGAUGGACUUACUGGAUUUUAACACUUGCAACAGCUGAAAGUGAUAUUAUUCUGGGGAUUGCAAAGCCUUACAAGACGUGUUACGUAAAAAGGAUACUGUAAUUUGUUCUAGGGGUUGUAAAGCAGUGCGACAAGUGUGCCGCCAGAGGAGUUAUUUGUGAGAGAGCAUUUGUUGCAAGGAACAAUAAAUUACUUGGAAGGACGUAAAGCAUUUACAGCGUCCGGACAGUAAUUUGUUCCAGGGGUUGUUAGCAGUUAUUUGUGAGAGAAUUUGUUGCAAGGAACAGUAAUUUUCUUGAAGAGACGUAACGCAGUAAUUUGUUCCAAGGAUUGUAAAGCAUUCACAACGUCUGUUUCAAGUGACAGCAAAUCUGUUCUAGGGAUAGUAACACGUUUCACUGAGGCAGUAAAUUGUUCCUGAAAUUGUAAAACAUUUGCAGCGGGGUUUUUUCGUGUGUGUGUUUGUUACAACAUACAUUAAUUGUUUUCAGGGCUUGUAAAGGAUUUUCCAUCUUACGCUGAGCAACUAUUUGUUCGAAGGAUUGUUCCGAGUAGAGCACACUCUAACUUUAAUACUUUAAAAGCAUAUACAGAGAUAAGAAGUAUUUGCUGUCCGAAUAUUGUUGUUUUUAUCCCAGACGAUUAUACAACGUGAAAAUAUUAUUCAAUGAAUUGAGAGGAAAAAAUCAGCUUUAAAAUUAUCAAGCAGAUCGACUGGAACAAACGGUAUAUAGAGUAUUUAUUUACUGUUUACAAGCUACGAGUAUAGUGAUCGAAGCUCGAAAAGAGAAAAAGAAAGAAAGAAAGAAAAACAAACAAACAAACAAUAAACAAACAAACAAAAACAUCCCUAUGGACUGAAUAUUAACUGUUGGUUUCAAGAAUUAUACAUAUUCUAGUGAGUCUAUUCGGUAAUCUCUUCUGACAAAAUGCUGCAAGAAAUUAUAAAGAAAAACCUGACCACAAUUCUCGCGGUAGCUGCGGCGACGCUGUUCUUACGACUGCUUACCCACCGACGCCGCGGCAUCCCCCCGGGACCUUGGUUGACCCUCCCCAUCAUUGGCAACCUUCUGCAGGUGAGCAGAGACCCGAUCAGGUCGUUCAGGAAGAUGAGAAAGAAGUACGGAGACGUCUUCAGUGUUUAUUUUGCCAAUCGCCUGGUGAUCGCCGUCAACGGGUUCGAAAUGAUGAGAGAAGCGUUCGUGAGGAAUGGCGAAUUCUUUUCUGACAGACCGAACGUCUUCAUCAUCGACCUGAUAACAAAUCACAAAGGCAUCAUCGGAUCGAGCGGAGAGGUGUGGAAGGAACAGAGGAAGCUGACGCUGAUGACUCUGCGGCAUCUGGGCAUGGGCAAGAACCUGCUGGAAGGAAGCAUUCAAACGGAAGCAACCGCGCUCGUGGAAGAGCUCGCAAAAACAAAAGGACAGCCGAUAGACGUUAACGAGCUGAUCUCUACGUCGGUGUCCAAUAUCCUUUCGUCCAUCGUGUUCGGCAAGCGGUAUGAAUUCGACGACCCAAACUUCAUCAAGUUCCUGAAGGUGGUCGAGAAGACUCUGGGAACCUCUCCCGUGCUGACCUUCUUCCCAUAUCUCCGCUUCCUUCCCGGUGACCUCUUCGGGUUCAAGCGCAUGAAACACGACGUCGACAUGGUGCUCACGGAGUUGGUCGACGUCUCCAUAGAUCAGCACCUGGCCGACUACGACGAAAACAACAUCAAUGACUUCAUCAGCGCAUACCUCAAGGAGAUGAAGCUGAAACAGAGUCAGGGGGAGACGAAAACCAGCGUGGACAGAUCCAAUCUGCGCAUGACCAUCUGGAAUCUCUUCAUCGCUGGCACGGAAACGACUGCAACGACAAUACGAUGGCUGCUCCUCUACUUCCUGCACUUUCCGGAAGUGCAGGAGAGAUGCUUCGCGGAGAUCCGAGACCACGUGGGAUGCGACAGAGAGAUUUGUAUCAAGGACAAGACGGAACUGCCUUACCUAGAAGCGACAAUUCUUGAGACUCUGAGGUUCGCAGACAUCGCUCCCAUCAGCGGAAUGCACUGCGUGUCGCAGGAGACCAUGCUGAACGGAUACAGGAUCCCCACGGACGCCAUUAUCUUACCUGUUCUCGACUCGGUUCUCUCUGACCCUCAGGUGUGGGGCGAUCCGGAGAACUUUCGACCAGAUCGAUUUCUAGACGAAAAUGCCCACUUGACAAAACCCGAAGAACACAUCCCGUUCUUGUUCGGUCCUAGAAACUGCGUGGGGGAAUCUUUGGCGAGGAUGGAGCUUUUCCUGUUCGUGGCUACGAUGGUACAGAAAUUCGAAUUUCUCAGACUGAAGGGAAAGGCCUUGCCGGAGUUAGAAUCGGUUGCUGGUUUUAGACAGUUUCCCAACGACUAUAUGCUAAGAGCUGUGUUGAGAGAAUGAACUGGCGUGGGAGGCUUGUGAACUAUACCAAAAUGUACUGACUUAAUUAACAUUAUUUUUUCCUUUCAUUUAUUUCAAAAACUUGCAGGAAAUAAUAAUUAUAAUGACAAGCAGUGUUGUGUGUCAGUUGACUAAACUACAGUUUGUGCUUCACAAUGUUGAGUAGCGGGAUUGGCAGUGAGUAGAGUGUAGAACGCAACCACUCUCCAGUAGAUGUUUAUACUUGGACACCUUGGAGAGAGAGAGAGAGAGAGAGAGAGAGAGAGAGAGAGAGAGAGAGAGAGAGAGAGAGAGAGAGAGAGA